CUGGAAUACUGGAACGCCAUACUCAAAAUCCGGACUUCUUCUGAACUGGAGAGGGGUAGAUAACGCAAAAAUGAGGAAUGAAAAUGGACGUGAGGGAGACGACACGGACCUCACUUCACCCACAGCCAGCUAUCCGCUUACGACUCUGCCUCCUACGUGUGAAGACGAUGUAGAGGAAGCUACGGCCGCUAUCUCAAAUCAAUCACCUCCAUUCCUUGACUGGAUUUGGCAUUCUGGACCUGACUCUCCACUAUAUAAACGGCCUUUCUCGACUCGCUUCGACUUUGGCUUCGCGAACCUCACAGGACCUCCCAGCGUUAAGGCGAACUUCGCGCGUUUGCAUCCAUCGCGCUUCUUGUUUGGGUGAGGAGCGGCGUCCUUUGAGAUGCCUCAUCUCUUACGACGUCCUCUGUCAUCCUGGCAAAAGGCGAAGUAACGAACGAGCAAAGAAUGGCUGAAUGUAUGGGAGGGGAGUCACUAUAUCAGGCGCUCCGGAUGUGUCUUUCUCACAGAGGCUGUAUGCGUAUAUGUGUCGAUAUGUUUACAUGAGUUAUCUUUCCGCUCUCUGGUGGCCCAUUCUCUUGUCGGAGCUGAGCAUUUGGUGCCCGAAUCUCUGCAUGAUUCUGUCCUGAGGAAUUCAACAACCGCGGCGCUGCUUUUCAAUCAAUUGACCCCACCCCUGGUGCAUGCGUUUGUCAUUAUUCUGACAUGUGGACUUUGAGAUGUAGUGCCGCGGCGCGUACGAUCGAAAACGGGAGAGCCUUUUCCGUUUGCUGCAAGCAAUC